AUUUUACAUAGAGAAUUUAGCGAUACAUAAAACACCAAAACCUUUACCACUUACAUGUAAUAGUAAGUACAUGUAGUUAUUAGUAGGAGGAAUUCCAGUUCUUAGUUUCUAUUGAAGGAUUAUUUAUCCGCACAAACUCCCGUUGCAACCAAGAUAUCAGCAAACACUUAUGCAAGCAAUCAAGACGUGCUUCCGAACGUGACGAUCCCCCAGCAAUUCAUCACAAACUAAUAAAUAAAGGAGCUUCCCCAGGGACUAUCAGUGGACUAUCAGUGGACACCAGUGCCACAGUAUCCGACCCUUCUCCUUCUCUCUCCCUCUCUCCUUCUCUCUUUCUCCAGAGUUAUCUCCAUAUUCUAUAUCGAAUUCAACUAGAUUUUCUUUCAAUGCGAUACUAUCACUCAUUCUCAUCGUCUUCUCAUUCCCUACUUUCUUCUAUAGUCCCAUUCUUCAUUUUACGACCCGGUUGAACGAAAUUCGCAUCAGGAUGCCUUCGCCCAUGAUGAAGGCCACGCUGGCCGCCGCCGCACUCUCUAGCGCAUCAAAUAUUCUCGCUCAGUUUCUUGAAGCAUACCGAGACGGUCUCCCCUUUGCGUUUGAUAUUGUCAAUUUUCUCCGAUUUGUCACUGUUACUUUCAUCACUGCUCCGCCAAAUUAUAUGUGGCAGCAAUUCCUCGAGCGCAGUUUUCCCGCCUAUGAACGAAAACUACCGGUUAAAGACGUCGAAAAACAGGACAUGAACACGGAAGAUUCCAGUGAAGGUGUGGGCGCAGAACAAAAGCCGAAGCUAAACUGGCAAAAUACAUUCACUAAGUGGUUCGUCGACUGCAUUACGCUCGGCGCUAUCUUCAACACGGUCGCAUUCUUCGUGCUCAUGGGCUUCCUGAAACACCAGCCUUUAGACCAGAUUGGGCAAAAUAUCAGAACCGAGACCAUCCCUGUCAUCUUCGCCGGCUAUAAGAUUUGGCCGUUUGCUUCCAUCAUCAGCUUCACUUGCAUUCCGGUGGAUCGGCGGAUCGUCUUCCUCAAUUUUGUGGGACUCUUGUGGGGGAUUUACAUGUCUCUCGUCGCCUCCCGAGUGUAGAGCCGUGGAUCGAUCACGAUCGGCAUAGAUAUGUGCCCAUGCGAGAUCGUAACGGUGUAUCUUGAACAGUGCACCGCCCUAAGGCUGACCAUAUGAAUUGGAUCUUCCGCAAGGUUAUUACGUGCGAGAUCACGUAUACCUACCUAGAGUUAUAGGCAAAAACACAUCGUUUCUAAGGAAGUGCUCCGAGAGUUGGCUUCUAUAUCAAAAGUCCGCAUGCUUCAUUUGAUGAGACUAUGCGCUUAAUAGGGUUUAUUGGUUUAUGUAUAUACGAAACCAGUUCGAUAUUAUCAUGGAGAUUAUAUCCUUCUAGAUCUACGAAGUUUUAACCAGGUACAGGUUCUUUCAAGAUGAAAGCUAUCGACU